AACAUGGCGGCCCAAGAUGAAGUUGACGUAUGUGAAAGUUGGGAGGAUAUGGACGAAAUUGGCUUAGACACGAAGAUCAAGCUGAUGUCAAGUGCGUCCCCGCCAGUGAAAACUCCGCUGAAAGGUUGCAAGGUUACGAACGUAAUUGUGGAAGACAGCGCCUGUAUUGGGUCUCAGUGCGUUAUGCCGGAGCCAGCUAUUCGCAUUCUGAAGCGGCCGGCGACGCUCGCGAGCGGACAGCUGAACGGCGAACGGAACGCGCGCCCUGUUAAAACCCUCCAACAAAGACAGAAGGAGUACGAGGAAGCAAGAUUAAGGAUACUGGGCGAAGCACGGAGCCCCGAAGACGUCAUCGACGACAAUUUGAGCUGCUUGCAAGAUAAAUUACAAGCGAAUAGCAUUAGUGACAGUCAGAAUGGGAACAAAGUGAAAAAUUGUCACAAUGAUAAUGCCAAAGGGAAGGAGCGUAAGGUGCUAGUGAGGUUACCACCUGGAGCUACUGUGUCAGGGGUGUUCCCAUCCCCGCCACCUCCGGGGGUGCUUGUUGUACGGACACCUCGGGGCCCUGACGGUACCAAAGGCUUCCAGCGAAGGUAGCACCAGCCCAUGACAGUCAUACACUAAUUUGUAAUUAAUUCCAUCCACAAACUACCCAAGAAAGACAAUGUUGCAAUAUUGGCUCUGAUUAUAGUAUGAUCUCCACAAUUCCUAAAUUGUGUUAACAUUGUUUCUUUGGUUCUAAAAAGUGUUUUAUGUGACCACAUAAGCUCAACAGGUGAAACAAGUGCAUUGGUAUUCUAGUUAUCAAAAAAAUCCUUGAUUGGUCUUAAAACUUCAUAACAUGCUAAGUUUGUUUGGAUGUAUCAUUAGAACUAAUGAAUAUGUACAUAAACACAGUAAACUAUACAGGGUUUUUUGAUAACUGACCUUACUACUGUUAUACAAUGAUAUGUCAAUAAAAUCCUGACCAGUUUACUGUUAUCAUUGUUGACAUGGCAAUGGCAGGCAUUUUGCCUGUGUGAAAUGAAGCUCAAUUCAAUCAAAAGUUUGUAGGCCAAACAUGAAUAUAUCCUUUAUGUAAACAUGAUUUUUCCCUCUAUUAUCAAUGCUACAAAACAAGUGGCUCUUCUAGCAGUUAUUAUGGAACAGUUGGGGCUACAUGGUGUCAUAUUUUUCAAACAACUUGUAACUUGUCACUUUCAUUGACUUAUAUACAGGGUGGCUAAAAAUAAGUGCAUUCCGGUUACCAGGGAUGUUCUGGGAUUAUACUGAGCGACUUUUACUAUCGGACCAACCACAAAAUCUUAAAAAAAAUUAAUAGAAAAUGGACCAGCCAAAAUGUAUGAAACAGCCAAUUUUUUUUUUCGUGAUUAUGUUUUAAGCAAAUAAUUUAGAAUCUUUGAAAUUCUUGGAACUUUGACAAUGAGUCAUUUUUUUUUAUAAAUUUACAGUAGUUGGAAGAAAUGUCGUAUUAAUUAAUAACUAAAAGCUAGAAUACUUGCUUUUAGAUUAGUAUAAUUGAUCACAAACAUAUUUCUCUUGACACCUUAAUGCAUAACAUAAUUGUUACUUAUACUACAUUUGUUCCUGAACAUAAAUUAUGAAUUGUGGAUGAUCAUUGAGCUCACUAAAGGGAACAAUAAUAUUUAUUGUAAUAUGUAAGUGAGAGCUAGAUGCCAAUCUAGUGGGAUCAAUAGAGGUAAUUGCAAAUAGAGCAAAUGCUACUAGAGUCUCCAUGUGGUUACCACUCUGACGCGGAACCACAAGUCACUCCUGUGUGUGAGGACUAUAUAUAUUAUGUGUAUAGAACUGUUUCGGUCACACGCCGCUCCGGUGAAGCACCUAAUGUGACGACCACCAGUCACCCACUAAGUUUUAGAUGAAGUAUGGCAUGGGUGCCAACAAAGUCAACUUAGCAUCGUUGUAAGACUUGUAAGGCUAUCUUGAAAUACAAGUAGAUGGUAUAAUUUAAUAUACUUUCACAAUAGGUGAACUUUAUCUAUUUUACAGAACAAAGUGUGCCAUGGGUACAAGUGCCUAAACCACUUAGCUUGUAUUUUUAGGUUGUUGCAUUUGUCCCAUAUUUGCAUUUGCCCCCAGUGAACCUGUCAACAUAUUGAAUGAUUGUAUGUGCAAGUUUUCAGAGUAUUCAAAUAUGUUUUAGCUCAAUUUGAUGAUUUAGCUUGAAUUGAUGAGUCCACUUUGGUGUAAAUAUUUUUUUAACAGACAAAUAAAUAAUGAGGUUUGCUAGUCUCCAAACAACAAUAUGAUCUCUGUGUCAUGGUUCACUCAUAAUUCAAAUGAAUGUCUAGAGGCUCUAAUUAUUUUUUAACAAGCAGAUACGUCUGCGAGCGAUACUCCAAACUCCAAAAUUUGGCUCUAAUUAUUGUUUAUGGUUAAUAACAGUGGCCAUAUACAUCCCAUAAGACCUAAGAGCUCACUAAAGACAUACUUAAAAUACAAUGCAAUGAAUCAUUAUUUACUUGUUUUUUAUUCAAGUUGACAAUAUUGCUACUGGUUCUCGUUUAUUUGAUCUCUGUAAACAUGUUAUCUACAAAGAAUUAUGUCAUAAUUUUCAAAACAACUGACUCAUUUAUAAUAAUGAAUGCAUCUAUUAUAAGGUAGUGUUUACACAAAUAAUAUAUGGUUGCAAAAAUGCUCUAAAAUGAGUUAAUGUCAUUUAGUAAAUAUGUAUUUUAGUUUUAUGUCUUAUUACCAAAGAGUUAUUAAGAAUAGAAGACGUAUAAAGUCUAAGAAUAAGUUGUGCUUGCGCAGGUUGGCUGUCAAAAGUUGACAAUUUACAUGCCCGAAAACAGCGCCGUAUAACGCAAUCUAGUUUGGCUGGCAAACUAGAGGCACGAAUUUCUUUGACUUUACACUACUUCUACAAUCAGUGACUCUUUGCUUAUUAUAUUGGAACACGUUUUUAAACAUUGCGAAUGAUGAGAUGUGCGGUCUUGAUAAGGUCUUAGGCCUCGGUGGUUCUCACCCGCCACCCGCGGCGGGCAGUGGGUGAGAACGACUUAGGCCUUGCAAAAGACGAUAGUGAAGGCCGUGUUAUGUGAAGGAGAAAAAUUUGGAAACCGAAUCCUGGGCUCCAAAGUAUUUGACGCCUGUCGCAACUGGGAUAAAUGCCAAGUAGAGAUUUUUGUAGCAAUGUAAUCAAAAACUACUAAAAAUCAGUAAGGUGUAGAGUACAAACAGCAACACUCUUAACUGUCCAUUGGUGGACGUUAUUCCUUUUGUAAUAAGGUCCACCGAUGUAAGGUUAACAGUGUGGGCGAUGAUAUUCGGUAAUUCCGAAAAGUUCAGAAUGUCGGGUAAAUCCAAAAUAGACACUAAUAUGAUGGAGUUAUGAGUGAUUUUCGUAAUGAGCCGAUAUUUUGAAGUAGUCGGGAAUAUAGGUACCUCACUUGUAUUUUCUCCAGUCCACCUUUUAAUCGAAGAUUUUCUAUUAAAAAUCUUUUCUAUUUUUUUAACCAUCAUGCCCACCACAUUUGAAUGAAAACGAUUCAUUACACAACAAUUUUAUUAAUUAUUAUAUAUUUAUUAAACAUGUGUGCAUACAAUUAAUUGAUAGAAUAAUUGUCAAAAUUUUAAACUUUUUAUAUCCCAUUUUUCUACAUUAUACAUUAUAGUAUAUUUUUUAGGAUAAGGUACUUGCUAAUUGUAUAUAUUUUUAGCAUAUUAUUUUAACGUGUUAAGUUUGGAUGGUGCUUGUGGUCGGUAUGUGUCAAUGCGAAGAACCACUGUGUAUAAUUCUGGUUAUUUCACCACCUCGAACACAGUAGGUAUCUUAUACAACCUCUUAGUAUAAUUUGUCGAGAUCUCGCAAGGAUAAACGUUAGGACUGACAAUAUAAUAACGACUUUCAAUUGUUAAUAGGUACAACAACGCUUUGCUGGCGAGGGCUCACCGCGAACUUCUAAACUCGAAAUUCGCAUGUCUAUGACUCCAACAUUGCGAGACGUAUCUAUUAAUAGAUACCAUCAUGUUUCUAUCAAUCUGGUUUUCCAUGUGUCGCGAUGAAAUCUUACACUUGUCCAUGAAAAUAUUUAUGUUUUUUCAUUGUAACCGAAUAAGUAUCUAAUGCCUGAUAGAACUAAGGUUUAAUUUUGUAAAAUCCUAAUCACCUUGCGGGAUCUCUGUAGUCUUCUAUUUGUUAUUGACAAACUGACCAUGUAGCAUUCGAGUGACUGAGGUGCAUGAGUUUUGGUCAGAGUUUGAUUUGAUUUUACCAUGGUAGGUAUUGUAUAUUCUGUUUUGUAAGAAACAUUAGUCCUAUAUCAUGUUAUUUUAUGAAACUUUAAUAUCCUAUGGCAAUCCGACACUGUUUCAUUAGAAUCGUGGUUCUAAAUUACUGUUAAAUGGACUGCUAAAAUCAUAACCCUUUUUGCUUUUGGCAUUGCCAUAGGCGGAUUAAUAAAAAUGUUACCCAAAAAUUUCGGGUAUUGUGACGUCAUUUGAGAAUUCUGCAACCAACCAAUGGGGUAUCGUGUCUUUUUAUAAGGUUGCAUCACAAAGCCUCAACGCCAAAGUUUUGGAAACCGAAAACGUUGUAAAUAUUAAUGUCCCAAUAUGUUUACACUUUUACUAAGCAAGUUAGAAUAAUAGACAUUUCGCUUUAAGAACAAAUUAAAUUACUUUCUAUGGAAAUAUUUUAAUUUGUGUUUUUUCAAGUAGACACACUACUAUUUAAACUAUAAACCGAAAUAAAUGUUAUAUACGACCUAUCGUGACCGGAUAGCCAAGUGGUUCAGGCACCUGUCCGGUAAACGGGGGAUGCUGGUUCGAUUUCAGCUCUACUGCAGGCUUUGGUCAUUGUUUCCUUCGUGUAUGACAUUUAUUUCGGUUUAAGAGAUAUUUCGGUUUGAAAACUGUGGAGUAGGUACCUUAGUGAUUAAUUGCGUCUAGUUAAAUUUUUGAGCAAACUUUGAUACCCAAAGGGAACGAGUCUUACAAGGGUGUCAAAGAAAAUUCGUGCCACUAAAAUGUAGCUUCACAAAAUGAUGUUUUCAUAACGCAUUAAAAUCUACUGUCUUCAUUUCUAUUACUUAUGCGUUAAGGGAGUAACAGUGUACAGAAAUAUCGAAUUACCGUAAUACUUAUAUUACUCUUACCCAGUGGUACAAACUACCGUCUUGGCAAAUAUAAAGAAAAUGAAUCAACCGAGCGUUUUGUAACCGCCAUCUAGUGAAGCUGACAUUUUGACAGCGUGACUUUUUAUUUGGCUUUAUUGACUAAUUAUGUCUGAUACAAAUAAAUUGAAUUGAAAAAAAUCCUUUUACGACUAGAGUAAAAUGAAACACUUAUAAUACGGUCAACCGAGGUGAAUAGGGAAAAACUUAAAAUGUGAUUAACCUAAAUACCCGACCGACCUAAAUAACCGAGGUGACAAUUUCUUAAAAAAUACCCACACAGAUUGUAAUAUUCGAUUGAAAAUAAUCGUAGGUUUUGUAUGAUACAAUUUGUGUAUUUUUAAGAAAUUGUCAGGUAAAUCACCAUUUAACUUUUGUCCCUAUUUACCCCAGCUAUCCCUAUUCACCCCGAUUGACGAUACCCACCUAUUUUUAUAAAUUCGUAAUCAAAUUUAUUUUAGGACUCGACUGACGUUUCAAGAGUGUAAUGUAAAUUGAACAAUGUUUAUAAGAUGUCACAGUGAUACGAUACCGAUCUGUCAGUGUCAAUAGUGACGUUUUGGUUGAAGAAAUGUCACUUUUGACACUGACAGAUCGGCAUUGUGUCACUGUGACAUAAGCAUUGUUCUAAUUGGGCCGAUAGUUAAAAUACCUUAGUCGAAGAUUGUAGUCAAAUUAAAAUCUGACCGAACUAUACCAAUUUUAGCAUAAGUUUACAAACUCUUGAGGAAUGUGAUAUAGAGAAUAAUCAUCUUGUUGCAAACCUUUCUGUUUAUAAUAAAAUGACAAAAAGUGGAAC